GGCGCGGCGCGGCGCAGUCGGCUCUAGUGGUCUCGUAACGGAGAGUAGUUCCCGGCCGUGCCGUCCUCCGCCGCCGUCUCUGGGCUGCGCCGCCGCCGUCGCCAGGACGCGCCACCGAGCCUCUCAUCGCCUCUAGCCCCGCGGCCUCCGUUCACCUCACCUUCCGCACGCCCACCAUGACGAAGACCGAGAAGAAGUCCUUCCACCAGAGCCUUGCCGAGUGGAAGCUGUUCAUCUACAACCCGACCAGCGGAGAGUUUCUGGGGCGCACCUCCAAGAGCUGGGGUCUGAUCUUGCUCUUCUACCUAGUUUUUUAUGGGUUCUUGGCUGCACUCUUCUCAUUCACAAUGUGGGUCAUGCUGCAGACUCUGAAUGAUGAUGUUCCGAAAUACCAAGACCAGAUUCCUAGUCCAGGACUUAUGGUUUUUCCAAAACCACAGACUGCCUUGGAAUAUACAUACAGUAUGUCUGACUCAACUACGUAUACAAAGUUCGUUGAGGACCUGAAGAAGUUCCUAGAGCCAUAUUCUGUAGAAGAACAGAAGAAUCUCACAGACUGUCCUGAUGGAGCACUGUUUAAGCAGGAAGGUCCAGUUUAUAGUGCCUGUCGGUUUCCAGUUUCCCUGCUUCAAGAAUGUAGUGGUGUGAAUGAUGAUGUUUUUGGCUAUUCCAAAGGACAGCCUUGCAUUCUUGUGAAAAUGAAUAGAAUAAUUGACUUAACCCCAAAUGGAGCACCACAGAUAGCAUGUGUGGCAAAGGAUACAAUCGCAGCAAAUAUAUCAACUUAUCCUGAUCAUGGACUUAUAGACUUGAAAUAUUUUCCAUAUUAUGGGAAAAAACGGCAUGUUGGCUAUCGACAGCCGCUAGUUGCCGUCCAGGUCACCUUUGAUUCUAGCGCUACCAAGAAAGAAGCAACAGUUGAGUGCAAAAUUGACGGAUCACACAACCUAAAAAACCAGGAUGAACGUGACAAGUUUUUGGGACGAGUUAUGUUCAAAGUCACAGUGCGUGCCUAGGAGUAGAGCAUCUCUACAGAAUAAAUGUCGUGCUGUCUCCAUUUUGUAUCAGCUGGACCUGCCAUUCUAGGAUUAUGAGGCCACCUUGGAGGAGGAGGUGGUGUGGUACACACACUGGGGUGACAUCAUAAUGUGCUUCCAGAUCAUAGUGUUAAGUGUCCUGAAGUAACUGCCUGCUGCCUCUGCUGCCCUUUGAACCAGUGUACGGUCGCCAUAGGGACCAGUGAGCUCCCAAUCCCAAACAUGCCGAGUGGGGGUCUCGUCUUCUGUGUGUGUAAUUGCCAAACGUCUAAAGCUUAAUGUGCUGUGCUGUGUAAAUAUUGUAUGGAUUUAACACUGGUAACUGUCAUAUUUUGAUGCCAACAAAGUUUUAGGGAUAAAAUGGUACCUUGCCAACAUCAAGUGACUAUAGCUGCAGGAAAUGUGUGAGAAGGUUCUGUAUGUGAGGUGGAAAAACAAAAUAAAAGAGGAUCUGAAAGUA